UAAACCUCGCUCAACUGAAGGAGCAUAGUAGUAGUGAUAUGCAUACGUCAAUUCUGGAUUGUUCUUUCCAUUUCUCUGCUGUUGUGUGAAGUAGGCGGGGCUUCGCGAUGCGAGCCGUGGGCCGGUGAUCCUAAGUCCACAAGCAUGCUGAGGGCUGGAUCCCGAAACUCUGUACCACAAGAAAAGCCAGAGAAAAACUUUCAACAGCAACAGAAACAGAAGAAAAGGUUGUCGUUUAAAGAUCCCGAAAUCGAAGGUCCACAGCAGUCCAAUAUUUACGGAGGUUGCAGAUCCAAGAUACUAACAGGAAGGAUCAGCGAACGAAGACCCAGUACCAGUGUUGAAGAUCUCACAUUAGAGGAUCAGGCUUUACAAAUUGUCCAAAGCGUUGGAAGUGCCUUCUCGGACUUGACUUUGCAAGAAAAGGAGCCAUCCAAUUGCUUUGAUAGCAUUCACUCCUCAAUUUCGGAGAGACCAAAUAGAGACUAUUCUCCAACAGAGGAAUCCUAUCAAAAAGUAUCUCAGUUGCAAAGUUUUAAAAUCUCACCUGAGGAUCGUGAAUAUCUAGAUACUCAAGGUUCACCAAUUUUUAAUUUAACAAUGCGUGGCCCAUCCAAUGAAUCCAAUGACAGGAAUUUCUCCCCAAAUUGCAUUCCAACCACAGAAGCUGAGGAGAAAUACCCAAGCAGUGCACAGCAUCAGAUACAACUUUUGAAAUAUCACCUGGACCAACAAUGCCAGCAAACACAAAUGGCUCUGCACCAAGUACAACUUCUCACGGACCAAAUGGCAGCGGAGAGUGUUGCCAGACAUAAAGUGCAGGAACAAAACAAUCAUUUGAUGGCACAGAAUAAAGAACUAUUGGAUCAUAUUGAAGGGCUAUUUCAGCAAAUUGAAGAUUUAGAAAAGCAAAUUCGUUUCUUGGAAGAAAGGAAAGGGAUGCAUUUUCAAGAUACACAGGCUAUACAAACAAGGCAAACAACGUCUUUUUCUGGAAAUCACAGGCUAACUAAUGAUCAAGCAGCUCCAGAAAAGACAGCGACAUCAAGCCGCAUUCAAUAUCCAACUAGAAGAAGCUCUCUGACUUCUACCAGACCAGUCUCUCAAAGCAGGACUCCUACAAGUCAAUCUACUAGUCCAAACCAAACUACUUCCAACAGGAAAAGUUCACUAAUCUCCCAAAGACUAUACACAACAACACAAAACAAAACAUCAGACAUGAACAGCAAACCAAAAGAAAUGCUGCGAAUAGGAGAUGUAAGCCCUCCAAUUCAGAGUGUCACAACAAAUCCAUUAGCUGAUGGAUGGAGAAGAAAGUCUCAAGACCGAAACAAUCAGUCUACUACAGAAAAGACCACUACCAUAUCUGCAAGAAAUAGAACAGGUAGCUUCAGCUCCUUUUCAAAGCUCAAGCCACCAGAAAGCAGCAGUGGAAGUAGUAGUUCUCUUUUUAGUAGCAGUAGCAAUAUAUCAAAAAUAUCUGAAACUGCAAAUAAAAAACACUCAUCAAGUACUUCCGAUUUGUACAAGUCAUCAACCACCAUUCAGACAAACAAACCACUAGUGAUAGAUGAAUCUCCAUCAAGUGGGAAAAGUGAUAUAAGUAAUGCAAAUGUUAAUUUUACAAGCAAGCUUCCAAGGUUCCAGCCAUACAAUGGCUGGCAAAGAAGGAGUUCAUUAUCAAAUGAUUUUGACCAGAUUUCUGCAUUGGGAAAGGACAUAUACAAAAAAAUACCAGAAACAACACUUUUUAACAGAUGAAAAGAAUUGGGUAUUAAAAUCAAUAUACAAAAUCUAAGAAAAGUAAUUUUAUAUAAAAAGAGAAAGAGUUAUGUGCAUAUUUAAAAUACUUAUAAAUGCUCUCAUUGUUCUAAGAUGGCUUAUGUUUGGGAAUUUAGAAUUCAAGGCAAACAAAAAAUAUUUUGCAUUAUUAGCACAAAUUCAUACUACAGUUUUAUUAAAUAAUUAAACAGAUAAUGAGAAACUGUGAAAAGCAUUUUAUAAGAAAUUUCUAUGCUAAAAGCAAACCUACUUGUGAAUGGGCAAAAUGUAAAAAUGAAAUAAAAUCCAUGAAGAUAUAGAUGUAAGAAACUAUGACUGAAUAAAAAACAAAAUCUUGAACUACAGAAAUUACAUAGAAGAUAUUUACGAGUCAGAAAAGACACAAAGUUGAUUUGUCCUUUUUGGAAAAGGGCAAAUCACCAGAUCAUAUGUGCAGAUCUAAAAGCUGCAAUGAAUAUGUUAUGGUAUUUAUACAUUUUCAUCUUUUUAAAGAUUUGAACUGAGCUUUUUUUUUUCUUUUAAGAAUAUGUUAUUCUUACAAUGCAUAUGGAUUUCUCAUAACUUUUCCUGUUUUAUCUCUAAUCAUUUAAUGAUUUAAUCAUUCAUUCACCUUAAUAGUUCACAAACAUUAAAAUAUUUUCAGCUUCCUGA